CUACGCUCUACAACUGCCGAGCCUGGAACACUUCUGGAAGCAAUACGCGACGCUUCUAGACUCGCCGCAGCGGCAUUGGCAACUCCCCAGCAUUUCGCCCUGUCGCCUCCACUGUGGAGGUGCUUGUAGGGCGCUCCAGCAGCCUCCAGCAGCCCGUGCGACCCCCACAAGCCGUUGGCCCGUUGCCCCAAAGACAGGAGAAACUCACAUCCGCCGAAAUAUGGGCUCGACAGACCCCAAUGGAGGCGGCAAUGCCAACGGCGACGUCGGUUUCGGUGCAAAUGGAUACAGCUUCAUUCCCUACGACCAGCCAUUCCCACAGCUGUCGCGCAAGAUCAAGGCAUGUACGGUGUGUCGCCGCCAAAAGAUAAAAUGUCUCAUGGAUGACGCUGGUCCACCUUGUCGCCGAUGCGCCGAGCGGAACCUGGAUUGCAUCCUGGGCAAGAACUUGCAGACCAUUAUUGAUGAGAAGUCGCAGUAUCUCGACGCCGUCUUUCAGGACCUCGAACAAAUUCACGGUACUCUUCGAGCCGUUGUCGAGAGGGUCGGCCUACCAGAGCCCCAUGCACUCCAGUCGCUGUCUAUACGCGACACAGCGAGGUCACCCAACGGCCGCGAUCCCCAUACGGGUUACGAGAACGGCAAUGGAAGUGGCAAGCGGGUGAGAGUGUCCAGCCAGGACAGCUACGGUCCAUCUUGCGACAACUCGCCCAAGAUCUCGCCUGCGGACGAAGCCAACCUCCCCCAUGUGCCCAUCCACUCACUCUACAGACUCACCAAGCUCCAGGCAUUCAGGUCCCCAGAUGGCCCCGAGGAGCGCCAAGGCAGAGCGAUAGACGACUUCAUAUCCCGUGGUGUCGUUAGCUUCAGCGAUGCACAGCGACUCUUUUCCCUCUAUCGGGACCGCCUAGAUUCCUUCAUGUAUGGCGUGGGGUGCCGUUACCAGUCCCUAGACGAGCUACGACAAAGGAGUUCUAUCCUCACCGUUGCGAUCCUUACCGUGGCUGCACUCCACGACCCAGCAGCGAACUCGAUAUACGGGUUAUGCAGGUCCGAAUUUCGCCGCAUGGUAGAGAGAUCCAUCUUCGAUCGCCAGGUCAAUCACGAUUACCUCCGUGCCAUGUGCGUUGCUUCCUACUGGCUCAGCGACAUGUCUUGGAUGCUCUCCGGACAUGCAAUUCGGCGUGUGACUGAGGGCAACCUCUACAAUAUCCACACCCGAGCCCAGGAAGAGCAGAGCGAAGAAGCUGCUGAUGGCGUGAGGCUGUGGUAUAUCCUUAAUAUCUGUGACCAGCAUCUCGCGACGCUCUACGGGAGGCCGGCCAUCGUCCAUUCAGACACGUCUAUGAAGGGAUGGGAAACAUUCUUGGAGUCGCCGAUAGCCAAUGCCGAGGAUACCCGACUCGCGAGUCAGGUAGCCCUCCUUAGCAUCUUUGGGAGCAUUCGUGAGCUGUUCGGUCCAGACACGGGAAAGCCCAUCCCUCGGGCGUAUCUGCAUCAAAUCGCACAUUUCAACAAGCAGCUCGAUAAUUGGGUUAGCCACUGGUCUGUAACAUUACAAGAACGAUAUGAUCACAUCGGCGGUUUCCCGCGCAAAGGAGUCCAACUCCACUACCAUUUCGCCAAACUACACCUCCAUUCUCACGUCUUCCGCGGCCUUUCGAGCGACAGUCCCAUUCCGCACUACUUUCUCGACUGCACUGUCGCAGCCGUCUCCGCAGCCACCUCUACCAUCGAGUUCAUCCUCACUGACAGCGACGUCUCCGCUGGAGUAGUCGGAAUGCCCUCCUAUCUACACUGCAUGACGGCGUUCGCAUGCAUGUUUCUCACUAAAGUCGUCACUAGAUACGGUGGCGACUUGAUUGAACUGGACCGCGUUCGGGACCUCAUCACCCGUCUUGUGCGCCAGUUCCGAGCCUUGCCAGUUGGGAGGUGGCACCUGGCUAAUCUGAUGGCGUCGGGUUUGGCAAAGAUGGCCGAGACUCUGGACCCGAACCGGGAGGAACAGGCAAGGCAGUGGGCGGCUGAAGAUGUGGCAAACCAGCAUACCAACGGGACUCUGGAUCAAACACCCAACCUCUUCGGCGGCGAGGCAUCUUUCACAGGAGUCGAGGGAGACAUGAUGUUCAACUAUGCCAUGAGCUUUGGGCUGUCACCGGUGUUUCGCUUUGACCCGAACAGCAUAGGUGUGGAAGGUCUUCAGGAGUACCCUGAUGUUGACUACACUGCGCCGAGAACUUAGAUAGUUUAGGAACGAGAUUGUUUCCUGCCGAGAGCUAGCUUGUAAUUCAAUCAGAAUUAAACCCCCGUGCUCUGUUAUUUACCGUUACACUGGGGGACUUCAUUGGAAUGGUAGACCAUAAAUACAAU